UACCGGAAAAGAAAAUGAAGUUUUAUUAGAUGAGAACUUAUUAGAACAGACAGGAUUUUUAGGUGGUGGUGGAAAAGAACCGACCAUUGUUACUCCUCGUCAAUAUAAAAAUAGGUUUAGAGAAGCUAUGGACAGGUACACGGCUGUU